AUGCCUCCUCCUCUCCUUACCCUCAAUUCCACACUCUCAAAGGCAUCGAGUUCUCAACCUCGAUCCUCGGCGUCAAACAUCCGAACCUCGCACGGCAGACAGUCCUCCUUGAGGAACCCCAAACCAACCGCAGACCUCUCACCGGAACACCAUGCAAUCAUGCUCCGCCAUGCUCUCUCCUCCCCAACUAUCCGAGCCCUAACCUCCCUCCCCCGAGGCCCCCCUCCCGAGGAAAUCCUCCGCUGUGCCUCCUCCGCAACAGAGUUCCUCUCCUUCACCUUCAACCCCCUCGAAAAGGUCGCCUUCUCCCACAUCAAUAACGAUCCCUCCACCCGCUGGCCCCUCAAAGAAACCCUCACCCAGUCCUGGCACAAGGUCUUCCUCGUCGCCCAAUGCGAGGCCUCGGGCGGCGACUACGGCGACCGUCUCUCCCUCCAGGCCCGUCAGAAGCUCUACUCGGAGAAACUCCGCAUCGUCAAGAUCCUCGGCCAAGUCCUCCGCGCCUGCGCAGACAUCAUGGGCUGUCGCAAAGACGCCGUUGGCCUGAGACGCUCCCUCGAGACCUGGCGCGCCGUCGUCUCCAAAAGCUAG